AUGGCGGGUUCCAACUCGGCGGAAAAGGAGCAACCCAGGAAAAGGAAAAAGAAGAAGCCCACAAGUAAAGGCAGAAAAGCCGAAAAGGCGAAGAACCCGGAGGAGGACUACAAAGAGCUGUACGCGGAGCAGGUCGAAGAGAUACUCGCGCUGAAUCACAUUUACUUCCCCAUCUGUGUGGACGCUCCAGGACACAUCAAGAAGGCGCACCUGCCGAGCGACCUGAUGAGCAAAGAUGAGUGCAGCGCGAAGAGCAAAGAGCUGACCGCAGCCGUAGUCUCCAUAGAAAUGAACGACGAAAUUGAUGAAAAGAACUGCGUGAAGAUUUGUAUUUUCUUUAAUUACGAGAGCGACCUUCCAAGGUAUAAAAUUUCAUUCGCGUUCGAGAAGAAGUACCCCUAUUCAUAUCCCAACAUCUGUCUACACAUGAGUAGGGCCCUCAGCAAGGAGCAGACUAGCCAACUGUCAUCCAACAUAAAAAAAAUUUGUGCAAAAAAUUAUGGAAGAAUUACUCUCUUUGAUAUCUGCAUUUAUGCAAAUGAUUAUUUUAAUAAACUUUUGAGCAAUAAUUUUGAGAAUCUUUGGGAGGAGAUGAAACACAGAAUGGAUGACGUUAGCAGGGGGGGUGGGCAUAGUCUGUACCAACCGACGGAGGCGUGUUUCGAUCGGAGCGACGUUGCGGAGGGUAUGACCGGGGGGACUGCUCCAGGGGGAAUCUCCAAGGGUGGCGGCAUCUCGGGGGGCACCGUCGCUGCGGGGGCGGCGGGCUUAUGGUCAUACUCUUCAGAGUACUUCAGAACGCAUAGGGGGGGAGCCACCUGGCUGGAGGAUGAGCGGAGGAGGGAGGCAGAGCGGAGGAGAGAGGCAGAGCGAAGGGGAGAGGCAGAGCGAAGGAGAGAGGCAGAGCUCGGGAACAGCAGCUUCAGCCUGGACGAUCGGCGCAACGCCCGAAACAGCAGCUGCGGCAGCCACGGGAACGCUGGCGAUAGCGGCACGGCCAGCGCCUCCAAUGUGAGGAGUCACGCCAGCCAUGCAAGCGACAGCAGGGGGGGGAGUAGGACCGGCAGCAGGGAUGACAGCGGGAACGGCAGCCGGGAUGGCAGCCGGGAUGGCAGCCGGGAUGGCAGCAGGGAUGGCAGCAGGAAUGCCAGUAGCAAUGCGAGCAACCGCUUUAGCGGCCACCCCCGCGUGGUACCCGCCGAGGGGAGGUUCUUCCGAAACGUGCACGAGUCCAACAGCAUCUCUGGAUUCUCUUCCAUCAACAGCUGCGUGGUGGGGGGGGAGGAAGAACAUCCAAACGUUUUCACGAAAAAAAAAAAAGAAAAAAAAACACAAGUGCGAAAGAUUUCGGAAGACGAAUUCAGUGGAGUAAAAAAGAAAACGUUAGAAGCGAGUGAGCAAGGACUAAUCACCCAUGGGAACGGAAGGCUGAAGCACUUUCAAAUUUUGAAGAAGACAAAGGUAGGCUGCUACACCAAUAGGUUGCUUGUGAGGCACAGCAUAGACACCAACAUGUAUAUCAUUCACACCUAUGCCAUUCUCGGCGUUUUUGAUUUCCUCGCCUUUUUUUUGAACCACCUGCUGCACUGCAACCGGGGCUUCAACUUGUUCUGCAACCUCGGCGAGAGGGGAGCGGUGCAGGCGGUGCAGGCGGCGCAGGCGGCGAAAGCGGUGAAAGCGGCCAAAACUGCCAGCGCGGCAAACGUGGUAGGCGCGGACGACCCCGUGGAGCGGAAAAGGAAAAAAAAAAAAAGCGAGAAAAACGAGAAGCUCUUCACCGAAUUCGUAAAAGACGUCAACGAAUUCCACUCGCAGAGGAACGGCGGGAAGCUCUACGACCCCUCCUGCCUCGACUUCUUUUGCAGUGAAUACGAGUUGUAUGCAAAAAAGAGUUGCCUAGUGAGCACGAAGAAUGAGAAGACGCUCCUUCACGUGUGGAGCGAGCUCAACUUCUCCCGAUUGAAAAAGGUGGUGAGGCAUUUCCGCAUGGUGCAGAAAAUGAACAUGAAGAAAAUUAUUCGAGAGAUUUUGAGGCUCACCAAAAUUCAGCACAAGUACUUGGCGAGGUACCACGUCUCCUGGUCGCAAAGGGAGCACAUCGGGGAGAACAGGGACAUGUGCAGGGUCUUCGAGAUGGUGAAGAUACUCAUCUUGGGUAGAGUCUUCCGCAACUACGAGGUGGGCAGUGGCCACACAGGGGGAGCAACGGACGGCAAAGAGACACACCGGUGCAGGCACGAGCAAGCCAAGUUAAUAGAAGACCUCUUUCAGAAGGUCCGAAGCAGGGAGGACAACUGCGAAGGUGAGAAAAGCUUGGAGAGGAAAAACAAAAGGGAGAGCCGGGACGGGAGCAGCAGCGCCGCGCGCGAUGUGGACUCCUCGCCGCAAAGCGCAAACCGCUUCAGUCGAAGCUACACAUUUCCGGACGGGAGCGGCCCGCAGCGGCGCCGGCCCCUUCGCCAGAGCAGCGGUGAGAGCGGCGAUCAGAGCGGCGGUCAGAGCGGCGGUCACAGCGACGAUCACAGCAGCGGAAGCGCGAAGGGCAACCAGCACGCGGACCACCACGCGGACCCCCACGAAGAGGCGAAAAGGGGAAAAAAAAAAAAAAAAAGCGACUCCUCCUCCCCACGUGGGUUCACAUCAACGUUAAGCGAAGGUAAAAAUGGGCCAAGGGGCACAUGCGAUGACACCGGCAACGAGGUGAAGAAGCUGGGGGAGACGGAUGGGGAGAAAAACCCGCAGGGGGGCAGCCCCCCGCGCGCGGAGCGAAGACUCAAUAAAAAAAUAAAAUUCUUGCAAAGAUUGACGAGCAAACGGGAAAAGAAGAACGACGUGCUCUACGUCCAGUGUGAGUACUGCAAGGGGGAAAUUCUGGAAAAAGAAAUUAAAAAAUAUUUUUUUCAAAAUAAUAAGUACCUCAUAUGGAGCGUCUUCAGACAAAUCCUAGAGUGCCUAAGUUACCUGCACAAGAGGGACAUUUAUUUAAAAAAUUUAACCACCGGAAAUAUGUUUGUUCAUGUGGAUGAGUAUGGAAUGCACAUAAAAAUUGUUAACUACACUGCGUGCAAUUUGAUUGGCUAUAUUUAUUUUUACAGCUCUUCGUAUGAGCGGAACUGCUCCUACAUGGCCAAUUUGGUGAGGAGCUUCCACGGAGAGGGGGAGAAGCGGGUCAACCAGCAGGCCAACCAGCAGGGGGAGAAGCGGGGGGAGAAGCGGGGGAAGAAGCGGGCCAACCAGCAGACCAACCAGCAGACCAACCAGCAGAGCUCCAAGGCGCACAAAGAGCCCCCCCCAACACAGGGAGGACCGCACACUACCCAGGAAGAAGAAACCAAAUGGCCCUUCUUCACCCACAUGCAAAGCCACAUAAGAAAGAAGCUCCUGGAGGACCAAAAGGACCACUCCACAAGAAGUAACGCAACAGAGAAACCCAAGGAGCAGAAUGAAUUCUACACCCACUCGUAUAACCAACACCUGUAUAACUCUCUGGCCAAACACAAAUACAGCUACGAGGAAUUAGAUUUAUUUUCUCUUGGGAUAGUCCUCUACGAACUGCUGCAUGUCCCCUUUAAGUCUCCAAAGGAAAAAAUGAUAAACCUGAGGGACAUGAUCGUACACAGAAGCUUCCCAGAAGAAUUCGUGAAAAAUGCUGGCGACGAUGGGGCUGUGAAGGUUUUAAAGUUCAUCCUAAUCAACACGAUUAGCGACUGCCUUGGGGGGGAGCCGCUGGGGAGACUGCAGUACCCGGACAUUUCCACCCUCAGCGCAAAGACGGACGACUGGCGCUGGAGCCCCCACCCCGCCACAAGCAGGAGCGGCGGCGCAGGCGGAAGGGGUAGCGGUGGCAUCGCCAGCGGCAACCAAAGCGGCCUCACCAGUGGCAACCACGGCAGCUACGCGCAGGUCGCUACUCAGGGGAGGAAAAAAAAAAAAAAAAAAAACUUCAUCGCCGCGGAUAGCUACAAGAAGGAAGUGCUCUACUGCAGGGAGAAGUCGCGCCUCGCCGGGGGGGAGGCGGAGGGAAAAGCAGAAGCGAAGGGAAAGGCAGAAGCGAAGGGGAAGGCAGAAGCGAAGGGGAAGGCAGAAGCGAAGGGGAAGGCAGAAGCGAAGGGGAAGGCAGAAGCGAAGGGGAAGGCAGAAGCGAAGGGAAGGGCAGAAGCGAAGGGAAAAGUAGAAGCGAAGGGAAAAGUGGAAGCGAACGAAAAAGACAAAGAAGUGGACGCACGUUUUAAAAGCGCCACCUGUGCCCCAGGUGCUGCCCUUCCAGGUGGCCGCACCUCCGCUGCCAAUUUGGAUGCGGCAGACCUGUUGGCUACCCCCCCCAGUGAAUCCCUCAAAGGGAGAGUAGAGUCCCCCAAAAAGGAGACUUCCAAAAUGGAGACUUCCAAAAAGGAGCCCCCCACAAAGGAGUCCCCUACAAAGGGCAAAGCCGACGUGGCCGGGCGCACCGCUAACCGUAGGGGCAACCUCAUUGGGGACCCGCCUGACCAAGCAGACUCGUCCGGAAGCGACGAUGGAGAGGAGACGCAGGGGAUAUCGGCGGAGCACCUCCUGAACUGCCCCCUCAUACCCAUGGUCAUCCAGAGGGACCUAUUUAAGUAUUUUCUGCAAAAGUUAAAAGUAAACUCUCCCGUGGAGUCUAAAAAUGUGCUAUCCGUUUUGCUGUACAGGGAGGAGGCAAGCGGGGGGACAACUGGGGGUAUACGUGGAGGGACAACUGGGGGUAUACAUGGAGGGACAACUGGGGAGCCGCUGAUGAAGAAGAAUAGAAACGUGCUGGCCUACACGAACGUCCGCACCUACGAGCAGGACGUAAUCAGCAGCUACGUGCUCGAACACAUCGCCACGGUGCUUUCCAAAAAAAAGACAACGCCUAGCCACCCCCUCGCCUUUCUGUUGCACCCGGGCAGGGCAGACCCGCUGGUCGGGCAGGCCGUGGAAAACACCUUCGAGCAGAAGGUCCCCGCGAAUUUUAUCAAAAGGGGGGAGCCGCAGAGGGGGAGAAGUGCGCGGGGGGCCAACAAGGUGUACUACUCUAACUAUGAGUCGGCGCGGGGGGGUCAGCAAGAUGGGCGGCAAGAUGGGCAACAUGACGACCAAAAUAGGGCCAACCCACAGAGUGACGACCAGCAGAGCAGCGAGCGGGGGGACAUCCCAAUCGAGCCGCGAGUUGCCGCACAGGAAACGGAGACCCCCCCGUGGGGGACAAAGAAAAAAAACGCAGAGGCCAAAAAAUGCCCAGUACUAAACCGGCCCAACCAAAGAGUACUCUUCAUUGACAAAAACAACAAGCUGCUGUACGUCCCGUUUUACCUGACCGAGUCAUACAGAAAUGCAAUUCCACAGGGAGCACAGGGCAAGUCCUUCAGCAGCUCGUUUUUCUUUUCGCAGAACCAUUUUUUGCAGAGCGGUCGGCAGGAGACGGUUCGCCGGGAGAACAGCCUGCUGUACAGCACGGUGGUGCGCGUGGGCGGCCGGGGGGACCUCCACUUCGGGGCGAGCGCUGUCGGCGUAGCCAGGAAUGGUAGCGGCGCCAGGAAGGUUGGCGGCACAAGGAAUGGCAGCGGCGCUAGGAAGGUUGGCGGCACAAGGAAAGAUAGCACCUCCAACCAUGUUACCCCCCCCAACAGUGUUACCCCCCACAAUAGUGUUACCCCCCACAACGGUGUGAGCAACGCCCCCCCCUACGCGCCCGGGCAGGACUCGCACGUGAACCUCCCCUUCUGCGUGUACCAACUGAUGACUCUGCAAAACGUGCUGAGCAUUCUCCACAGCUUCAAGCACUACCUCGGAAGACUCACCAUCAAGUGGUCCUGCACACACAUGCUCAUCCAGAUCAUCCGAGACGUUCUAUCUCCAGAUGAAGAGGAGGAGGAAGAAGGAGAGGAACGAGCCAGAUUCAUCUUCACCCACUUGCAACAACCAAACGUCAAGUACAAAAGUUUUAAGAAAUUAUUAUACUCCCUCAACCUAACCUGCGACGAAAAAAUUUUGAAACUUUUCCAUUCAGUGGUAACGGACACGUCGGACACGCUAACCCAGAGGAUGCACAAAAUUAAAAAAAUGUAUUUUAUGGUAGACCACUGUAAUAAGAAUGCCAUUAGCUGCUUAACCUCCACUGUGAUUUAUUUGGAGAGUUUGUUUGAGCACUUUAACACAUCCAAAAAUGCAUUUGUUUGGGACUUCUUCAUGAGCGAGUAUGAGCAAGUGUUUUCCUUUUCCUUCGCCUUUGCUGUUUACUCGGAUGCUGAUCGGGGGGUGCCGCUGUCCAUCGGGGGGGUCUCCAUGGGCGCCUUUUCGCCUUCUGCUGAGCGCCCCCCCGGCGAGCCCACCUACAACUUUGUCUACGAGAUUUUCGUGGACGCCAUCUCGGCGCUGAUACUCCAGAAAGUCCGACGGAACAACUGCGCCAGCAUGCCCAUCGACUUCCACUCCCCCAGCGUGGUCAUCACCACCAAGGCCUACAAGCUGCUCGUGUACGCCUUCUCUCUCUACAACAGUUUGAUCCAGAACGGCAUCAAGUGCGAGUGCAAAAUCUCCCCCCUCGUGGAGACGUCCAAAUUCGAGCAGGGCCUCCUCAAGUACGGCGACAUAAACAUCCACGUGCAGAUAACGCAGAAGGUGAAUUCCAACACCUCCCUGAACAUAGAGGACUACGAGGGGUCGGCCGAGACCAUCACCUCCAACAUAGUUGGCGAGGAAAACGUGAACAUCAUGUAUAGCACGCACAUCAUUCGCCUGAAUGUCAAAAAGAACUUCGAAAACGAGUCCUCCCUCAUCAACUACAUCAAGCAGUUUUACGCGAAGCGGUGA